GCCCGAGCCGUCACGCAUCCGGGGUCGGGGCAGACAGAAGCCAAACGUAAAGACCCCGGAGUUUUCUAGUUCGUGCUUAGGCUCCAGCCUUUGCCGAGAGGUUCCAAGCCUUGAGGGAUUCUUGCAGUGAAUAGGAGUCAGGCUAAUCUCUCGGAGAGCAGGUAGACGGAAGUACGUAGUAGCGUGGCUGUUUUCCGGCAGUGGACUUAGUUGGCCGCGCUAGUGACGCGUGGAUGCGCGCGCCAGGAAGGCACGCGCAAGGCGGGAGCGACGGCAGGCAGCGCGGAGACGCCUGAGCCCUCUUGACUCUUAAUGUUGGUGUGAUCAGCACUGGAAAAGAUGCCAGCCCCAGCUGCCACAUAUGAAAGAAUAGUUUACAAAAAUCCCUCUGAGCACCACUACAUGAAAGUCCGGCUAGAAUUUCAAGAUCGUGGGGUUGGACUGAAUGCUGCACAGUUCAAACAGCUGCUUAUUUCAGCUCUGAAGGACCUGUUUGGGGAGGUUGAUGCUGCCUUACCCUUGGACAUUCUGACCUACGAAGAGAAGAGCUUGUCAGCCAUCUUGAGAAUAUGUAGCAGUGGUCUUGUCAAAUUGUGGAGCUCUUUGACUCUGUUGGGAUCCUAUAAAGGCAAGAAAUGUGCUUUCAGAGUGAUUCAGGUUUCUCCAUUUCUCCUGGCAUUAUCUGGUAAUAGUAGGGAACUAGUAUUGGAUUGAAUAGUCUUCAAUUUCAGAACUCUUCCUCGCUUUCAAAAGAGAUUUUUGUUGCCAGCAUAAUAUUUGAAGACUGAAGCAGCCUAAAAGCUCCUGGUUGUUGGAAUCUGAGGGUGCUGAAGAUGCUCCCAGUCAUUUCCAGCCAUUGCCUUUGGUGGGGUAGGCUUCAGAGAGGAAUCUGCCUGAAUUGGUUGGCACUGAACAGGAUGCACUCACAGCACAUGCACAUCAGAGUGGGAGACCGGGCUGAACUCAGCAGGGCCUUCACACAGAGGGACGUGGCUGCCUUCUCAGAAUUAACAGGGGAUGUCAAUCCUUUGCAUUUAGAUGAAGAUUUUGCAAAACACACCAGAUUUGGAAAGACAAUUGUACAUGGAGUUUUGAUCAAUGGACUUAUUUCAGCUCUUUUGGGUACUAAAAUGCCAGGGCCAGGCUGUAUAUUUCUUUCCCAGGAAAUUAACUUUCCAGCCCCUUUAUAUGUUGGGGAAGUUGUUUUAGCUUCUGCAGAAGUGAAAAAACUUAAGCGGUUCAUUGCUGUUAUUGCAGUGUCAUGUUUUGUACUCGAAAGUAAAAAAACCGUUAUGGAAGGCUGGGUUAAAGUUAUGGUCCCAGAAGCUCCUAAAUCCUGAAAUAAUAUUUUUAAAGAAGCAGGGUUAGGCAUCAGUGUUACUAUUAUUGAAGAGCCUCUGAAGAAAACAGAAAUUGCAAAUCUUCAUCACAGAAGGGUUGAUAGAUCCAGAACCCUUAUUGGGGGAGGGGAGCAGGUGUCACACAGACUUAGGUUUUUUUUUUUUUUUUUUUUUUUUUUCUUUUUUUGGUGUGUUUGCCAUUUCUGGGGCCGCUUCUGCGGCAUAUGGAGGUUCCCAGGCUGGGGGUCGAACUGGAGCUGUAGUCGCUGGCCUACACCAGAGCCACAGCAACUUGGGAUCCGAGCCGCAUCUGCAACUUACACCACACCUCACGGCAACGCCAGAUCCUUACCCCAGGGAGCAAGGCCAGGGAUUGAACCCGAAACCUCAUGGUUCUUAGUCGGAUUCCUUAACCAGCGAGCCAUGACAGGAACUCCCAGACUUAGGUAUAUUUAUCUAUCUAUCUAAGUUUUUUAAAUUGGAAAAAAUGUUGGGAAGAUUAUCAUUUAACUCAAAGUUAACUCACUGUUCUACUUUUAGGAUUUCAAACCUAGUUAGAUUUGUAUUUGGAUGACACAUACAUACCAAUAUCUGUGUAGAAUAAGUUUCUCAUGUAAUUUAAAAUUAGCUAGCAUUUAAUUAUUGAAGGCAAUGAUAGAAGAUGGGUCAACUUUGAACACCUUUUACCAAUAAAUAUUCUUAGAUCCUGUUCUUCAGCAGUUUCUGGGUUAGAGAGGGUUAGGGUUUUGUUACAUUUUACAGUAAGAUGGCAUCUUGUUCAACCUUCAAUGUCAACUUGCCCUUCAGGUAGUUUUCAUGUUAUUGGAAGGCUUACGUGCAUCUUUGGAUUCUGUUAGGUAAACUCUUGGUCUCAUUUAUAAAACAGGGAUAACAAAACCCACCACACAAGAUUGUUAGAGAUGACGUAUAAGUAGUUAAGCACAAGGCUGAGCCCAUUCUCUUGUAAAAAUAAGGUUAGAGAUUUUUCCUGAGUUUGAAGCUAAACUGGCCAAAAUUUAGGUAACAGAACAGUCUUUCAGGAUGUCAGCCAAUCUCUGUUGGUUUUCGAAACUUGGAAUAGAUCUUGAAUGCAAAAUUUCUAUUUUACUAAUCUCUGUUUUCUCUCCUUGAAAAUAUUGUAGGGGCCCCCAUUAUAUAAAUAAUAUAUGCUUGUUAUUAAAAACUAUUUAAAAAUUUUCGGGGAUACUGUGGAGGUUAAGUUCCUAAGAGUUGAGGGGUGCUAAAGGGUAUGUGUGCCUAAUGUUACAAAUUGGUCACCCUGACAUAGUCAACACUUUUAAGAAAAGAGUCUAUAAUAGAACAUACACAUGGUCCACCUGUGCUCCAUGGCCUUAGAUGGUGGCUCAGACCAGAGCUAGAUACUUUUGUUCAAGAAGGUAAGAUCAACUUUGGUUGCAUCAACUCAUAUUUCCUGGAGAAAUGUUUUUCCUCCUGCUAGUAGAUCAGUAGCUAGAUUUUUAAUUUAUUUUUUAAUGUCAAGGUGAUCAGAUUACUAGAAAGAAUGAUUCUACUCACUAGAGGGCAGUGAUACAUAUAAAUAGAGUAAUUUAAACUGUUUAAUCCAAACUCUCUUUUGUGACAGUAAGAUGAAAAUGCCCAAAUCAGCAUGAGAAGCAAGGAUGCCAUUAUCAGGAGUUUUAGAAUGGAUGGAUAUACAGAUUCCAGCCCACCUGAAGAAGGUGUGUAUUUAUAGGUGAAAUGCUACACAUGCCAAAAAUUUGGUAAGACAUUGAAAAACAGAUGAGGGAUUUGAGGCACAGAAUAUGGACUGGAAGCCAAGACAGUGUAUUCCUACAGACCUUACCCUCUGGGUGUUGACAGCAGUGCUGAAAUUUGUAGUGAUGCGAUUGUUGAUAACCUACCAUUUUUUCAAUGAUGAACCAAUUUUCUGCAUUAACUCUGAUCUUUGAAACAGUUUUAUGAAGUUAGCGUUCCAUUUUAUAGGCAAGGAAAUAGACUAAUGCUGUAUGGCUUGCCCAAGCUUACAGCUAGUAUGCAGUAGGUCUAGGAUUCAGUUGGGCCUGCCCAGCUCCAGAGCAUUUCUUUUUUCGUCUUUUUUCCAUCACCCUGUGGCUCUUAAAAUAUCCCCAUUAUUGGAGCACUGUCAGUUUCUAUAAUUGUAUCUUGUUAUGUGGCAUGAAAGUAUCUGGAGCCAUCAUUCUAUGUAAUUCUUUUUAUAUUCAGAGUGUUCUAGGUCUUAUUCCCUGCUAUAUCUACAGUGUUUUCUUCUUUGCUAUAACUUGAUGACUUCCACCCAUACCUAUCACCUAUACUUUUUUUUACAUUCAGUGAUUGUCUUCAGAGCAGAAUUACUGAAAGGAUUAUCCUAAAGAUAAAAAAUUAUGUGCCAGCCUAGUAUGGUGGGGAGGGGUGUGUGUGAGAUGUGGCCAGAUAGCUGAUGGAUACUGUGUAACUUAAAAGUAGCUUCUCCUGUGUUUUCAUUUUUUUUAAAGUGCUCCCUAGGUGUCAUGGUCUUCUUUGAUCUUUGUAAAUCAGUAAAAAUUUGUAAUAGAGAAGUGGGGAAGAAGUUAGGGUUACUUCUUGUAAAUAAUGACUUGUACUCAUGGCCAAGAUUCUCAAACCACUUGUGUUUUGUUAAAGCUGGCUAUGACAAAAACGAGCUGGUUGGCUUUUCCAUUUUGAACUCUAUAUAAGCUGCCAGGAAAAAAUAACUUCUCAUCAAAGUAUGGGUGGCCGUCAAAUUAGGAAAUCCUCUCCCAGGUAAUUGAGACAGUACUGGGUCACAAGUGGAAGUGAUUACAAAAGUACUGACUAAAAUAGCAGGCCAAAUUGUACAAGCACUUUCCACAUAGGGGCAUUAUAAGACAGCAAUUUAUACAGUGUUUGAUUGUCAAGACAUAUAUACCCAUCUUAAGUAGUUUCAGCCUAAUGUACUGGAAAAUUGCUUAACAGAUUUUUAUAUUCUAUUAGAAACAUUUCCAUAUUGCUGAAAUGCCACUCAUUUCUUUUUCUGAGCAGCAAAUAAAGUAGCAACAGGGAAGAAUCCUUACCACAGCCACCUUUCAUCUUGUGUAUUCAUCUAGAAAAAGAAGAAACUGCUGAAUGCACAUUGAUACCGCUUAAGUAACCACAAGUUUUCAUUUUGUACUGAAUUAUUAGUCAUUUUUCCUUUAAGUUCCUAGAGUAUGAUUGAGACCAAUUUACUCCCAAAGAAAAUUGCUAUUAAAUUAUAUCUUAAGUUUUUAUAUUAAAACAUACUCUACCAAAGGUUGACAGUCACUUUGUGCAACUGUGCCACUCCGAGUGCCUCAUGUGCUGGCAUCAUUUAUUAACUGACUGUAUCUGAACAGAAUAUGAGAGCUGUGGAAUUGCUCUUGGGCUGCACUUUAGUAUCUGCAGGGUCCCAGAUGUUUUACUUCCUUUGUUCUUGGCUUUUCUUCAUUAGGCUUACAAUAACAGCAGAGACUAGAAUUCUCAACAUCUUUAAAAAAAUUAUGGAUUUGAGCAAAAUCAUAAGAAUGCUGAAGACAAAUGGAGACACUACAUAAAUACUACAGGAUUAAUAGGAGGCUCUGCAGUCAAUUUCUAGGCCAUAAUCAGUUUCUAGGGUGGCUCUUAGCUGGACUACAGUUCAUGUGACCUUAUAAACCCUGAGCAAAAUUCCUCUGUGAUGUGAUGGAAAAUAACAUGUAAAGGAAGCAAGAGUUGAAUUUUUUUUUUUAAAUCCACAUCAUGAAUAUUUAAAGAAAAUCAUUUUGAGAUGGGAGGUGAUGCUGCUUAGGAAGUACUCAGUUUUUCCACACGCUUCUAUGACCUGAUUUAUAGAGCAGUUGUCGGGUCUAGAGGCAUUCUCAUUAAAACUAAUUAUCGGGAGUUCCCCUCAUGGUUCAGCGGAAACGAAUCUGACUAGCAUCCAUGAGGAUGCAGGUUCGAUCCCUGGUUUGCUCAGUGGGUUAAGGAGCCAGCAUUGCCAUGAGUUGUGUAGGUCGCUGACACGGCCUGGAUCCUGUGUUGCUGUGGCUGUGGUGUAGGCCAGCACCUACAUCUCCGGUUUGACCCCUAGCUUGGGAACCUCCAUAUGUCACUGGUGCGGCCCUUAAAAAAAAACAAAAACGAAACCCCUCAUUAUCUUCAGUCAAUCUGGUCAAACAUCAGGCUAUUAGGUAAAUAAUCUAUGGACCAUCUAAAUAUUUGGCAACAUAAAAGAAUAUAAUUUUUUUUUUUCCCUGCCAGCCUUGAGUAGUUGUGUAUGUGACAGUAAAUGAGCUUCUGUAUCCUCAUUCGCUUGACCCAGCAUGAGGCUAGAAGCAUAGCUCAGGGCUGGGGAGAGUUUCCUUGUGUAUUCAGGCCACUUCAAAGGCCAGAUGUUGCAGGGGUUGGGGCCUGGUCUUCAGAGGAUUUAGGGAUGGAGUUAAUGUCCAGGAUCCUCAAGGCCCUGAUUAAGUAGAUCAAAUUUUAAGGUAUUUAUACUGAGAGAUUUAGUUCAGGUAAGAAUUUCCGGAGAAUAGGAAAGGGUAGAUUCAAAAUUAAUCUCUGGCUUCAUUCCAUCAAAUAGCUGAUUUCUCACUUUCAGUUUCAUUUCUGUAGUAAGGAAAACUAGACAAGGUUGUCUACUUGAUGACCUUUGCAACUUAGUUGGGUAAUAUUUUUUUUUUCCUAAUCAUACAAAUAAAAUAGACAUUUUGAAAAGUGUAGAAAUACAAAAAAAUAGCAUCAUGAUUCCACUUCCUAGAGACUCUCAGUUAAUAUUUUGGGGGGCUUCCUUCUGGUGUUUUUCCUAUAAAUAUAUUUUUAAAACUUGGGAUUAUAAAAUGCAUGUGUUGCUUUUUUCUAUUUACUAUUCUAUCAACAUUUCCCAACAUUAUCCUUUGAUAAUCUUAUUUUUUACCCCCUUCCUGAUAAUGCGAUUUUUUUUUAUCAUUGCAAAAUAUUCUAUUUAUGACUGUACCAUGAUUUGUCCAGUCCCCUGUUGUUAGGUAUUUAUGCUUGAGUGCUAUGUAUUUGCACCGAUUUUUGAUUAUUUCCUUAGGAUACUCUUCUAGAGGUGAGACUACUGCGUGAGAACAUUUUCAAAAUCCUUGAUACGUGUUGUCAAAUCUCAGGUCCUAGCACUGGGCCUAUUUCAUGGUUAAGUACGCAGUGAAUAAUUGUUGAACACAUAAAUGCCUUUUGGAAAGGUUGGACCAAGUUAUGCUCCUACCAGCAGAAUGCAGGAAGAGUCUUGUCUUGGUUAGCCCACAUAAUAGGAGUAAUGAUUAAAGUAGAAUUUUGGUUUCUGUGAUUCUGAUAAUGAGGUAACUCAUUUGCCUUAAAUGGUAAUAAAAAGUUGAUUUCUCCCU